ACCAGGUGUCCCGAAUGAUGAAUUUGGUGAAGAGCAUCGGCAAGUCCGUGGAGGCUAAGAGCGUCGAGGGGGAGGUGGUCCUCGCUCAGGCUCCCAACGGCGCCUCGAUGAUGGUCGCCAAAGUAACAGAGGAAAUGCUGAACCACGGCAUGAAGGUGGCGGUGACGAAGGGCGGCGGAGAGAUCCAGCUGCCCACUUCCUUCUGCCCCUCCCGUUCGCUGGGCAUGGACGCCUGCAACCAGACCGUCACUCUGUCGGCUGUGGAGUGGCCCUCCGUCACUUACUCGUAUGCCCAGUCGUCGAAUCAGUUAAGCAAGAGUACAAAAGUCGUUAGUCUGGACGUGUUUCUGAACGGGCAGCCCGUCUCCGUCAACGAUACGGAGGGUAUCAUCGUCAGCAUUCCACGAAGCCCCGAGGAUCUGCCAGACCCGAUCCUCAUGGCGCGGGAUGAAGUGGUGGCGAGGAUGGUCCACGUGCCCAUCGUCUACACGCAGUUCAACGUCUCGCGUCCCGGCUCGGCCGUGAAUAUUGAGAUCAUUGCCAACGGAACUUCUGCUGAUCGCUCUGUUCUCCUGCUUAGCCACGAAAAGAUGCCUACUCCUGCUAGCUACGAGAUGCUCAUUCCGCUGUCCAGUAUCCCUGCUAACGAGAAUGAUAUUAAAGACCUUUUCCUCAACUCGAGCGACGUUAGAAACCGCACCGGCCGUUUCUUCUUGGGUUUGGCGUCGCUCCUGGGUAACGUUGCCAUGGAAACGGCCUUGAAGAACAUCACCAAAGAUCAUUUAGACUGGGAACCGGACGUCACCUACAGCCUGCGCGUCUUCACCUCCGGCUGCUACUACUUCGACGAGGCUCUUGAUGAAUGGUCCAACAGGGGGCUUGAGGUCGUGUCCACGAGUUACGUGAUGACCCAGUGCCAAGCGUCGCAUCUCACGUCCUUUGCAAGUGGCUUCUUCCCCUCGCCCAAUGAGAUCAACUUCGAGUUCAUCUUCGCCAAUGCUGGUUUUACCGAUAACGUGUCUAUCUACAUGACGCUCGCCUUCACUCUGGCCUUGUUCAUGGUGCUCCUUAUCUGGGCGCGAUACAAGGACCGGGAGGAUUUGAAGGAGCUGGGCGUGACCCCGCUGCGCAGACAACAACGUGGACGACCGCUACCUGUACGAGGUCGUGGUUUUCACAGGUAGCGACAAGGAGGCUUCGUGUCAGUCCAAUGUGCAGGUAUAGAAGCGAGGAUGAGGAUUUUUCUUUUCUUUUCUUUUGCUUUGUAUUUUAUUAAAUAAAUGUAUGUGUGGUGAUUAUUUUUUAAUAGAUAAGUGUGUUUUGAUUUGCUUGAUGUGUACGUUUUUUUAUAUAAAUUCAUAUGUGGUGUUUUUUUGUUUUGUUUUUUUAUUUAAUACAUUUGUGGGAUUUUUUUUAUAUAUAAAUUCUUGUGUGGUGAAAAAUAAAUAGAACCUAGACAAAAUUAGCGAAUUAUAAUUUUUUUUUAUUUGCUGUAUGUCAAAUUCAUAUUCAUUUUCUGUUAUGCAAGCUUUUUUGGUGUUAGAACAAAAUAUUAAUUUAUUCUUAACAUUCACAAUAGCUUCAUUUCAGUGCAGGUAUAUUUUAGGCAACCCUUGUGGAUAUUUACUAAAUAUGUCA